AUGUCGACAUUAAAAUCGUUGACAGAAGGAGUUUUAAAGCUCGCUGAAGCCCUGGAAAACAACGAAAUUGUCAAAAAGGAAGAUAUCCAAGAGUGCGAUAACGGCAUCUCCCUGUUUGCUCUGAAAAACGACGCCCUUUUGUCAUACAUCAACAACAUCGCUUUGAUCAUUGCCGGCCAAAUCAAGCGAUCCUUGGGCGAGGAGACUCAAUCGGAACUCGAAAGUAGUAUUAAACGCACUAUCGAGCAACGAGUAACUUUGGAAAAGGGUAUUAAGGGCCUGGAGGCAAAGAUCUCUUAUCAGGUUGAUAAAGCCCUCCGCGCAUAUCGAAAAUCACUGGAAACUGCAGAGGUCGAGGCCGAGCAGGACAGCGACAGUGAGGAUGACUUGACGAGCUUCAGACCGAACGUAAAUCAGCUGCAGUCCAAGAGCGACGACGAGAGCGACGACGAAGAGACGACCAAAAAGUACCGGGUUCCUAAAAUCGCAGCCACUACACAGUUCUCCAAGGAUCGUAAAUCCCGCCGCCGGGACUUUACCAUGGAGGAAUAUAUCCAAGAUACUCAAGAUGCUCCUAUUGCCGAACCAUCUAUCGGUACCACUAUUCAGGACCAUGGCCGUGGUGGCAUGAGCACCGACAAAGACCGCCGCAAGACCCGCGAGGUGCAAACCUACGAAGAAGACAACUUUACCCGCAUUCAGAACGUGUCUUCCAAGCAAGCUCGCCGCGAUGCUCGCCAACGCCAGCGAGAUGCCAUGUCCAAGUCGUUCUUUGGUGAAGACUGGGGCUUUUUGCAGGACGGAAGCGGCAACAAGCGGCGGCCCAAAGGAUCGGGCCAAAAGUCGAAGCGUAGAAAACACUGA